AUGAAAUUCUCUUCUCGUAUCUAUCUAUCUAUCUAUCUAUCUAUCUAUCUAUCUAUCUAUCUAUCUAUCUAUCUAUCUAUCUAUCUCAGUAUGUUCACAGCUAUCUAUCUAUCUAUUUCAGUAUGUUCACAUCUAUCUAUCUAUCUAUCUAUCUAUCCAUCCAUCUAUCUAUCUAUCCAUCAGUAUGUCCACAGCCAUCUAUCCAUCUAUUUCAGCAUGUUUCACAUCCAUCCAUCCAUCUAUCAUCCAUCCAUCAUCCAUCCAUCUAUCUAUCUGUCCACAUCCAUCCAUCCAUCCAUCCAUCCAUCAUCCAUCUAUCCAUCCAUCCAUCCAUCACAUCCAUCCAUCCAUCCAUCCAUCCAUCUAUCUAUGUUCAUCCAUCCAUCUAUCAUCCAUCCAUCCAUCAUCCAUCUAUCUAUCUAUCUAUCCAUCUAUCUGAGUAUGUUCAUCCAUCUAUCUAUUUCAGCAUGUUCACAUCCAUCUAUCCAUCAUCUAUAUCUAUAUCUAUCUAUCAUAUCUAUCUAUCUAUCUCAGUAUGUUCACAGCUAUCUAUCUAUCACAGUCCACAUCCAUCCAUCCAUCCAUCAUCCAUCAUCUAUCUAUCUAUCUAUCUAUCUAUCACAUCAUCCAUCUAUCUAUCUAUCAUCUAUCCAUCCAUCCAUCUAUCAUAUCUAUCUAUCUAUAUAUCAUAUCUCAGUAUGUUCACAUCUAUCUAUCAUCUAUCUAUCAUCUAGUAUGUUCACAUCUAUCUAUCUAUCUAUCUAUCUAUCUAUCCAUCUAUGUAUAUUCACAUCUAUCAGUAUGUUCACAUCCAUCCAUCUAUAUCCAUCCAUCAUCCAUCUAUCUAUCACAUCUAUCUAUCUAUCUAUCUAUCUAUCUAUCUAUCUAUCUAUCUAUCUAUCUAUCUAUCUAUAUUCACAUCUAUCUCAGUAUGUUCACAUCUAUCUAUCUAUCUAUCUAUCUAUCUAUCUAUCUAUCUAUCUAUCUAUCUAUCUAUCUCUUUCAACCUCUUCACAUCUAUCUAUCUAUCUAUCUAUCUAUCUAUCUAUCUAUCUAUCUAUCUAA